AUGAUGGAGGUCUCUAUACAGUCUGACCACCAGAAUGAGCAAGAGGCCGCUAUCCAAGAAGAAUGGGCCAGCCUAAAGGCCAAGGUCGAAUCCAUCGAAGCUGAACUGGCCGACACAAUAAAGUUGGCCAAAAAAACCAUGGCUAGCCUUAAGGAGCUGAUAGCUCGCAUGGAAAGGCAAAACGAAGCGUUGAAGGGCUACCUUGAGAAGCAGAAUGAACCUUCCGCUUCGCAGUAG